AUUCCAUGUUGUUUCGCACGUGCCGCAAGUGCUCUCGCCGCAAUCUAGAUUCCAUUUUCUAUCUCUCUCUCUCUCUCAGCGAUGAUUAACACAAGAAGAAACAUAGAAAGAAGAAAAACCUUCCAUUCGGUUCAAUUACAAUAUACAGUUUCCACAUCACUUCACAUAAAAAACCGACCCGAAUCCGUCGAUCCAAACCUGAUCUCAGGUAAUGGAGUCGAUACUUGGUCGUGCUCUUGAAUACACUCUCAAGUAUUGGCUCAAAUCCUUCUCACGAGAUCAGUUCAAGUUACAAGGCCACACCGUUCACCUUUCCAAUUUAGAUAUCAACGGCGACGCUUUGCAUUCCAGCGUUGGAUUGCCGCCGGCGUUGAAUGUCGCAUCCGCCAAAGUUGGAAAACUCGAGAUAACGCUUCCGUCAGUUAGUAAUGUGCAAAUUGAACCAAUUGUUAUUCAAAUUGAUAAACUCGAUCUGGUUCUUGAAGAGAAUUCUGAUUUCGAUGCAUCUUCAAGUUCAAAUAGUUCAGCGACCUCUGCUGCUACAGCCAAGGGAAGCAAGACUAGCGGUUACGGUUUUGCUGAUAAGGUCGCAGAUGGCAUGACUAUACAAAUUCAUACAGUUAAUCUAUUACUUGAAACUCGCGGUGGUUCUCGUCGCCCAGGUGGAGCAACAUGGGCACCACCUAUGGCAUCUAUCACCAUACGCAACCUUUUGCUGUAUACCACAAAUGAAAACUGGCAGGUUGUAAAUCUUAAGGAAGCACGGGACUUCUCCAGUAACACGAAGUACAUAUAUGUCUUCAAAAAACUGGAAUGGGAAUCUUUGUCUAUUGAUCUUUUGCCGCAUCCAGACAUGUUUGCUGAUGUUACAUUUGGCCGCUCUGAAGAGGGAUCAAACCUGAGGGAUGAUGAUGGUGCAAAAAGAGUAUUCUUUGGAGGAGAGCGUUUUGUGGAAGGAAUAUCAGGAGAAGCAUAUAUAACGAUUCAGAGAACUGAAUUGAAUAGCCCACUUGGACUUGAGGUUCAAUUGCACAUCAACGAAGCUGUUUGCCCUGCGUUAAGUGAACCAGGACUUCGUGCACUUCUUCGCUUCAUGACCGGAGUAUAUGUUUGUCUAAACAGGGGUGAUGUUGAUUCAAAGGCUCAACAGCGAUCCACUGAAGCAGCUGGGUGUUCUCUUGUUUCAAUUGUCGUAGAUCAUAUGUUUCUUUGCAUUAAAGAUACUGAGUUCCAGCUUGAGUUUUUGAUGCAGUCCCUCUUUUUCUCUAGGGCCAGUCUUUCUGAAGUAGAUAAUGACAAGAACUUAACCAAGAUUUCAAUUGCUGGAUUAUUUUUAAGGGACACCUUUUCCUCCCCUCCAUGUACUUUAGUGCAACCAUCAAUGCAAGCUUUCACUGGAGAUGCUUUUGAUGUGCCAGAAUUUGCUAGAAGCUUUUCCCCCCCGAUAUAUCCUCUAGGAGAACAACAAUGGCAGUUAAGUGAGGGAACCCCUCUAAUAUGCCUCCAUGCUCUCCAGAUCAUACCUUCUCCACUUCCACCAUCCUUUGCUUCUAAAACCGUUAUUGACUGUCAGCCUCUGAUGAUUCAUCUCCAAGAAGAUUCAUGCCUGAGGAUAUCCUCUUUUUUAGCUGAUGGUAUUGUUGUCAGUCCUGGUGACAUCUUACCAGAUUUCUCAGUGAAAUCUUUUAUUUUCACUCUCAAGGGAUUGGAUCUUACAGUUCCUUUUGACAAGGCCAAAAUGGAUACUUCUAAAAGUGACAUAGACAAUACACUCCAUACAUCCUUUACUGGAGCAAGGCUUCAUAUUGAAAGCCUUUCAUUUUUAGAUUCACCUUCAUUGAAACUAAGAAUGCUGAACCUUGAGAAGGAUCCUGCUUGCUUCUGUCUCUGGGAAGGUCAACCAGUUGAUGCUACCCAGAAGAAGUGGACUGCCAGAGCAUCCCAGCUUACUUUGUCUCUGGAAGCAUGCACCGGUACAACUGGACGUCAGACUGCAGGAUUGUGGAGAUGUGUUGAUCUGACAGAAGCUUGCAUUGAAGUAGCCAUGGCAACCGCUGAUGGAAGCCCGUUGUUAAAAAUUCCUCCUCCUGGGGGUAUUGUCAGGGUUGGAGUUGCUUGCGAACAGUAUUUGUCCAACACUUCUGUUGAGCAAUUAUUUUAUGUCCUAGAUCUAUACGGUUAUUUUGGAAAAGUUAGUGAAAUGAUGGCAAUGGCUGGAAAAAAGAAACAACUGGAGGACGUUGGGCACAAAUCUUUCAGUGGAAAGCUUAUGGACAAGGCUCCUAGUGACACUGCUGUGAGUUUAUCAGUGAAAGACCUCCAACUUCGAUUCCUGGAGUCUUCACCAAUGAUUGUUGAGGGACUGCCAUUAGUGCAAUUUGUUGGAAAUGAUCUGUUUACCAGUGCCACUCAUAGAACCCUUGGUGGGGCUAUUGUUGUUUCAUCUUCUCUACGCUGGGAGAGUGUUGAGAUAAGUUGUGUGGAUGCUGAGGGGAAGUUGGCAUCUGAAAGUGGCUCUUUCUUGAGUUCUAGCAUAAAUGUUCCUUCACCAAGUGACAAUGGAUAUCCUCAACUAAGAGCUGUAUUCUGGGUGCAUAAGAACGAGAGACAUCAAAUGGAUGGAAAUGCUCAUUCAAUCCCUUUUCUUGACAUAAGCAUGGUCCAAGUCAUACCAUUACAUGAACAAGACUUGGAGUCUCAUAGUUUGAAUGUCUCAGCUUCCAUAUCUGGUGUUCGUCUUGGUGGGGGAAUGAACUAUACUGAAGCCCUACUGCAUAGAUUUGGAAUACUUGAGCUUGAUGGAGCUCCUGGAAAGGGUCUUUGUAAAGGGUUGGAAAACUUACAAAAGGGGCCAUUGUCAAAACUUUUUAAAUCAACUCCUAUGAUUCUUGAUGAUUCAGAAGAUGUUGAAAGCAUGGGGGAAGGGAAAGAAACAGGUUUUCCACGCUUGAAGAAGCCAGAUGAUGUGGAUGUAACUAUAAAAUUGAGAGACUGGUUAUUUGCUCUCGAAGGUGCACAGGAUAUGGCUGAAAGGUGGUGGUUCUCCAGCCAUGAGGAUGAAGGAAGAGAAGAGAGGUGUUGGCACACAUCUUUCCAUAGUUUACAAGUAAAUGCAAAAAGAAGCCCGAAUAAUGUUAAAGAUGAAAAAGCACAAAUGCAUAGAAUACAGCAUCAUUCAGUAGAAGUGGUUACGGUGGGAGUUCAAGGGCUGCAAAUCCUGAAGCCUCAUACCCAAAAAAAGGUUCCUUCAUCAAUGGUAAUUGCCAACGGGGUUAAGGAACUUAAUGACACAAUUGGAGGAAUUGGUCUUGAAGUUCGCCUGAUAUUAUGUGAGGAGAAUGUUGAUGAUGAAACGACUAACUGGGAAGUGGAAAAUCUAAAAUUCUCAGUUGGACAGCCGGUUGAGGUGGUUGUAACGAAGGAUGAGGUUCAGCACCUUACUUUUUUGUGCAAAUCUGAAAUUGAUUCAAUUGGACGGAUAACUGCUGGAAUUAUACGGUUGCUUAAGUUAGAAGGCUCUAUUGGUCAGUCUGUAGUAGAUCAACUAGGCAACCUAGGAAGUGAAGGCAUUGACAAGAUCUUCUCUUCUGAAAAGGCUAGUAGAGAUGGUAGUGUUAGUAGUAGAGGACUUUCUCCAUUACCAAACUCCUUAAUUGAAGAACCAAAAAAAACUAAGGAGCAGACAUUAGCUUUGCUCGAGGAAGCAGUUAUGGACUCACAGGCUAAACUUAAUGAUUUAAUCAGUGAUAUUGGUACUUCAGAGUCUUCUUCCUCACAACACCUUACCAUCGUCAAAGUAAGUCAAAAGAUCGACACUAUGCAGGGCUUAUUGAUGCAAUUGCGGAAUCAACUUUAAGAUUCUUCUGCCAUUUUUUGAUGUAUAAAUAUAUAAUAUUCAAUUGAUUUUCGAUCACAUAGGUUAUAUGCAAAUCUUAUGUAUAUAGGAUACAAGUCCUUGUUGAGUGAGUGUUUUACAAAGCGAUGUCAUUGUAACAGAAAAUUUUGUUCUCUUAAGCAAAAAUUGCAAAAUAUUUUCCGAUCAUGUAAUGUAAUUAAUGCUAGUGCUACCGUGUACAAGUGAUACAUAUUGUGCACAGUGAAAGAGUAAAUUUAACCGUUAGAUUAAAAUGA